AUGGAAAUACACUGUAAGCACGACCCGUUUGCAGCAAUGCAUAGACAUGGAGGAGUGAAUCAGUUAGGGGGUGUUUUUGUGAAUGGUCGUCCACUCCCUGAUGUUGUCCGGCAAAGGAUUGUGGAACUUGCCCACCAAGGGGUCAGGCCGUGUGACAUCUCCAGGCAGCUACGGGUCAGCCAUGGUUGUGUCAGCAAAAUUCUUGGCAGGUACUAUGAGACUGGGAGCAUUAAGCCUGGAGUGAUUGGAGGAUCCAAACCAAAGGUCGCCACACCCAAAGUCGUCGAAAAAAUUGCAGAGUAUAAACGCCAAAAUCCCACCAUGUUUGCCUGGGAGAUCAGGGACAGGCUUCUAGCCGAGCGAGUGUGUGACAAUGACACCGUACCCAGCGUCAGCUCGAUUAACAGGAUCAUACGGACUAAGGUACAGCAACCACCCAACCAGCAGGUCCCAGCCUCUAGUCACAGCAUAGCCUCCACGGGGUCCGUGACCCAAGUCUCGACAGUGAGCACUGACUCCGCAGGCUCCUCCUACUCCAUUAGUGGAAUUCUGGGAAUUACAUCCCCCAGUGCUGAAAGCAACAAACGCAAACGCGAUGAAGGUAUUCAGGAAUCUCCAGUACCAAAUGGCCAUUCCCUCCCGGGUAGAGAUUUCCUUCGGAAACAGAUGCGAGGAGAUCUUUUCACCCAGCAGCAGUUAGAAGUGUUGGAUCGAGUCUUCGAGAGGCAACAUUAUUCUGACAUCUUCACAACAACUGAACCCAUCAAACCAGAGCAGACGACAGAAUACUCAGCCAUGGCAUCAUUAGCUGGCGGAUUAGAUGAUAUGAAGGCCAAUUUAACAAGCCCUACUUCAGCAGAAUUAGGAGCUAGUGUUCCAGGACCACAAUCCUACCCUAUCGUGACAGGUCGUGAAUUGGCAAGCACAACCCUCCCAGGAUACCCUCCUCACGUCCCCCCUGCUGGACAGGGCAGCUACUCUGCUCCAACACUGACAGGAAUGGUGCCUGGGAGCGAGUUUUCUGGAAGUCCAUACAGCCACCCACAAUAUUCAACAUACAAUGACUCCUGGAGAUUUCCCAACCCUGGAUUGCUAGGCUCUCCUUAUUAUUACAGUGCUGCAGCCCGAGGAGCGGCACCCCCAGCAUCUGCUGCUGCCUAUGACCGCCACUGA